AUGGAAAGAACGGAAAAAUCAGGCUCUAUAAAUAUUCGUGGCACUUUAUACCUAUACUCCCUCCAUGCAGAAUCUGACUCCCUUCAAAUCUCUUUCGAAGAAAAAGAAACAGGCAAAAAAUGACAAGGGGACUUUACCGAUCAAUACAUAGAAUCAAUGACCCAAAAAGCGAACUCUUUUAAACGCUUCCCAAUCUUCACCAAAAUGCUCAUUUCCUCAUUGGAAUCUUCGAGCGACUCUGUAAUUAUCGAUCUCCUAACAGCUCAAGAACUUGCAAUGUUCCGCAAUUGAAGAUCCCAAAAUACUUCAGCUGAUCCUAACCCUAAAGUUACUACAAAACGCUACUUAAUCUUAACUUAUACAGUAGAAUUUGAUAGAGUUCACUAUCCACUCCCUCUCGCUUUUCAAGAAACGCCAGACCCAGAGGCUCUACAGAGGACAAUUUCGAGACUGAGAUUUGAAUUGGAAUCAAUAAAAAAUGCGGCUCCUGAAGAAGGAGGGAUUAUUAAGAUUUAUCAAGAAAAUUCGCAGCUGAAACAAAGGCUUCAGAUUUUAGAGCAAAAUUUGACAAUAAAUUCAGCACAGAGGAAAGAAAAUCCGGAGAUUGAAAAUUUAAUUAAUGAAAAUAAGAUACUUGAAGAUGAGGUUAAGUUAAGUUCUAGUAGACUGCUGGAAAUUAUUUUAGCCUCUUACUGUUAAAUCACAGGCUUCAAGCUCGAGUGGCCCUAGUCAUUGGCGUCUCAAGAUGCCCUUUUCGUAUCAAGUCACCAUAAAAUGGUGACGUCACCAGUCUCUGUGGGAGACUCACCGGUCAUGCUUGGGUCAACUCUAUGGCAGAGACUCUCUUAGCCCUGCAGUGCUUAGACAUGAAUGAAACGCCCUACCUUCUUCUGGACUUUUAUGCCUUACCUAGGUGCAAAAUUGCUUUCCAGAAGUGUGAGCUAACUUAGUCUUGAGUUUUUAGUCUUUAAAGCAAGGAAAAAAGCCUAUAAUGAAGCCCUGAAAAGACCAAAAUCCGCCCAGGAAUUCCUAAAAGAAUGGCCUUUUGCCUGAGGUUGGAAUCAACUCACCAGUCACCCAGACCUUUGUUUAACUUGCCAUCUUUUAGAAAGUGAUGCAUGAAGAAGGUUCAUGCAAUUUAAGUAAAAUAUGGAGUGAGGGCCUUUAGAGACACCAAAUACAUUAGAACAUUCAGACAACCAGAACAAAAUUUUAUAGGCAAUUUAAUAGUAAAUUUAAGAGAAAAAAUAAUAUCUACAUGCUAGUUUACUAAAUUCUACUGCUACAUGCAUUUUUAAGUAUGUAUUCGGUGUUUCUAAAGACCCCACACCAUAAUUUUUACUUAUAUUACUGAACCUUGAAGAUGAAAAUGAAAAAUUAAAAAUCGAAGGAAAUAAAGAAGUCAGGAUUUUGAAAAAGAAAAACGAAGAUCUACAAAUAGGCCUUGAUAGCCUAAAACAGCAGAUGGAUGGAAUAAUAAACCAAUUAGAGUCAGAAAAUGACGAAAGAAUGGAAGUGAAAGAAAUCAAGACAAAAUAUACAAGUCUAUGCGGAAUGCUUGACAAAUCAGCAAAAAACGAAAAAAGAUUAAACGAAGAAAUAAAUAAAGUUCAAAUUGAAAUUGAAAAAUUAACUGAAUGCGAUGGAAAACAAAAAGAAAGGAUUAAACAGCUAGAAAGUGAAUUGCAAACAGCAAUAAAAGCAAGAAAUGCCAAGAAUGUCGGCUCUUCGCCUAAUAGAAUAAGUAGAUCUCCUGCAGCUAGAAGCCCUGGAUACUCAAGAGUCUCAAAUUCUCCAAAAACUGCUACUACAAAUUCAAGGACUUCUUCGAGACCUGGCUCUGAUAGAAUUCCACAAAGGGUCACUCAACCGUACAGAGGAAGAUCUCCAGGGACAUCUCCAGCUUCUUCUAUUAAUAGAAGUCCUCUUAAUUCAAGACAAAGGACUCCUCCAAAUAGAAGGGAUUCUCCUCCAGCUACAAGAAGCUCACCAAAUACAAGAGCUUCACCUAAUGCAAGAAAUUCUCCUAAUACCAGGAAUUCAUAUAAUGUAAGAAACUCACCAAAUACAAGAAAUUCUCCUAAUUCAAGAACUUCAUAUAAUGCUAUGCUAGUUAAAAGGUAAAUUAGCCAUAAGCUGGCAAGACCGCUAGCCUGUGCCUUAUCUUGGCUCUAAAAUGCUAUCCUCCAUCACCCCAGGAGACAAAAGAGGGAAAUGGAAGGCUGCCAUUUUGGAUUUCGGAUCUGAGCCACCUGUCCAAGGGAUCAGCUCCCUAGGGCAGAGCUGCCAUUUGUAGAGUGCCCCGAUGGUCCUGACAAGGGAAUACGUGGUAGGCAAAACCUAUCUAACCCACUUGACAGGGAAAACCUUUGGCGAGGAACAAAACUUCCCUCUUCUGCAAGGCAUCCCCAAAACUGAAGGUCUACUUCAAAAAGCACAGAGACCUGCUUUCGCCUUCAUCAGAUGGGUCCUACCUGCUCCUUUGGAGUGCGCCUAGGAGUCCAAUUUCCUCUAGCCUCGCCAUUUUAUUUCUAUAUAAUGCUCGGAAUUCUCCAAAUGCAAGGAAUUCUUAUAAUAGCAGAAAUUCACCGAAAGCUGGAUAUCAAAGAGGAGGAGUCACAGAUGAAAAUAAUCCAAUAAGAAAAAGAUCACCCAAAUCUAGUGGGCCUGCAGUUAGUGAUAUUGACGCAAGGCUAUCUAGACUCCAAGAAUUGUUAAAAAAAGCUAAAUCUUAA